AAGCGCUGAAACAACUCUGUUUGCGAAAUGCUGAGAACUAGAUUUUUGUCUCGGAUGAAGAUCAGCACAAAAGGGACUUUCAAACAGUCAGCAAAAAAACAUUAGCUGUCGCCAUCUUCAAAUGCACCGCUAGGUAGGUUGCCGUCAAUUAUCGUCAGUUUCAUGGCAGAUUUUUUUGUCAGACAGGGCGUUUGAGAAGUACAGCGUAUAAACAUUCGCAGAAAAGUCUCGGAAUUCAAAACCGAAAUAUCCCCCAAAAUACCCAAAAAAAUCGGAAAAACUGUCAAACCUUAGGGAAAAAAAUCAGCCGGUAAGAGCAGAUCUAGAAGUGCACUCCUGAAACUGCAAAAUUCCGAACGAAGAAGGGCUCCUUAUCUGGCGAUCCAGGAAUGAAUCCUGCAGCUCCUAGCUAUCCUAUGGCGUCACUAUACGUCGGAGACCUGCAUCCUGAUGUGACUGAGGCCAUGUUGUUCGAGAAGUUCUCCACGGCGGGACCGGUUCUGUCUAUCCGCGUAUGUCGGGACAUGAUCACCAGACGAUCCCUGGGAUAUGCUUAUGUCAACUUUCAGCAACCUGCCGAUGCUGAAAGGGCACUGGACACUAUGAACUUCGAUUGCAUCAAAGGGAGACCUAUCCGAAUAAUGUGGUCUCAGCGAGAUCCCUCCUUGCGCAAGUCUGGUGUUGGGAACGUCUUCAUCAAAAAUCUGGACAAGAGCAUCGACAACAAAGCCCUGUUUGACACCUUUUCUGCUUUUGGAAACAUCAUGUCAUGCAAGAUUGCCUGUGAUGAGAAUGGCUCAAAGGGCUACGGUUUCGUGCACUUUGAGACAGAGGAUGCUGCCCGUCAGGCCAUCGAAAAAGUGAAUGGCAUGCUACUCAACGGGAAAAAAGUGUUCGUGGGUCGUUUCAUCCCACGCAAGGAACGCUUGCUGCUGAUGGGGGACAAGGCGCGAAAAUUCAACAACGUCUACAUCAAGAACUUUGGUGACGAUCUGGACGACGACAAGCUGAGGCAGCUGUUCGAGCCCUUCGGCAAGAUCAUUAGUGCCAAGGUUAUGACUGACCACCAGGGAAAUUCCAGGGGCUUCGGAUUUGUGAGUUUUGAGGAGCCGGAGGCCGCAGAAAAGGCUGUGCAAGCUAUCAAUGGCACGGAUAUCAAUGGCAAGAUCGUCUUUGCUGGCCGAGCCCAAAAGAAGAUGGAGCGGCAGGCCGAGUUGAAGGAGAGGUUUGAAAAGCUCAAGACGGAGAGAGUCGGGCGGUUCCAGGGCGUCAACCUCUACGUCAAGAACCUCGACGAGGUCAUCGACGAUGAGCGGCUGCACAAGGAGUUUGCGCAGUUUGGCACCAUCACCAGCGCAAAGGUGAUGACGGAAGGGGGUCGUUCCAAAGGGUUUGGCUUCGUCUGCUUCACUUCCCCUGGGGAAGCCACACGGGCCGUCACGGAGAUGAACGGCCGCAUCAUCGUGGCCAAGCCCCUGUACGUGGCUUUGGCCCAACGCAAGGAGGAUCGUCGGGCCUACCUCGCUUCUCGAGUCAACGUGGGUAGGCAGACAAACCAGCCCUUUGCCAACCAGAUGUUCCAGCCCAGUGGAGCAGGAUACUUCAUCCCUACUGUGCCCCAGGCUCAGAGAGGGUUCUUUGCCCCUGCCCAGAUGCCGCAGGUCCGCAGGGGACAGUGCUGGCAAAACCAGUCGCGUGUCACCCAGCCUGCCCAGCAAACCUACCAGACAGUGACUCCUCAAACACCAACCAUCCACCGCAGUCGCACCACAGGCAGCGGCCAGACACCUGGGCCUGCGUCCAACUCCCACGCGCGAGCCAUCAUGGGUCAGACGGUGGCCACCACUCCUGUCGUGGCGGCCUCCCACUGCACCACGGGGAUGGUGCCAGCCACCAACACAGCGUCCAACGUCAUGACCAGUCAGCCGGUACCGCCCCCACGUACCACCUACAAGCUGGCCUCGCACAUCGCAACCCAGCCUCCCAGACCCUGCAGUACGUCAGUCAGCAGACUGGAGGGCUGAAUGUGGGCAGCCAGGAGCCUCUAACAGCAGCAUUGCUGGCCUCUGCUCCACCCCAAGAGCAGAAGCAGAUUUUGGGUGAGCGGCUCUUCCCACUCAUUCGACGCAUGGCCCCAUCCUUGGCGGGUAAAGUCACAGGCAUGCUGCU